CUGCCGAUGGAAUGGUGUGUAAUGAGUUAUGCUCAAGCGAUGGCUGCUGGGGACCAGGGCCAGACCAGUGUCUCUCCUGCAAGCGCUUCAUCCGGGGAAGGACCUGCAUAGACUCUUGCAACCUCUACGAUGGGGAAUUUCGAGAAUUUGCAAAUGGUUCCGUCUGCGUGGAGUGUGAUCCUCAGUGUGAGAAGAUGGAAGAGAACAUGAUUACAUGCUACGGGCCGGGACCUGACCACUGCACGAAGUGUUUCCAUUUUAAAGAUGGUCCAAAUUGUGUGGAAAAAUGUCCUGAUGGCUUACAGGGGGCCAACAGCUUCAUUUUCAAAUACGCCGAUGAGGACCGUGAGUGCCAUCCGUGUCAUCCAAACUGCACCCAAGGAACCCCUCUGAUUGCUGCGGGAGUUAUCGGUGGCCUCUUCAUCAUCGUCAUUGUGGGCUUGACGUUUGCCGUGUACGUUCGGCGCAAAAGCAUUAAAAAGAAGCGAGCGUUGCGAAGAUUCCUGGAGACUGAGCUUGUGGAGCCCUUGACUCCAAGUGGCACAGCACCUAACCAAGCACAGCUUCGUAUCCUGAAGGAAACUGAGCUGAAAAGAGUCAAGGUUCUUGGCUCUGGAGCCUUUGGGACUGUAUACAAGGGCAUUUGGGUCCCUGAGGGAGAAACUGUGAAGAUUCCUGUGGCCAUUAAGAUCCUUAACGAGACCACUGGUCCGAAAGCCAACGUAGAGUUUAUGGAUGAAGCUCUUAUCAUGGCCAGCAUGGACCAUCCACACCUGGUAAGGCUCCUGGGUGUCUGCUUGAGCCCGACCAUUCAACUUGUCACUCAGCUGAUGCCUCACGGCUGCCUCUUGGACUAUGUUCAUGAACACAAGGAUAACAUUGGCUCCCAGCUUCUGCUAAACUGGUGUGUCCAAAUAGCUAAG